AUGUCGCUGAAAAAUAGCGGUAAAAGGGGUGAUGUAGUCGCGGAAAAUGGCGGCUACCAGGUUAAAAAAAGGUGGGAAAAUGGUGGAAAUCAAAAGUGGGCGCAAAAAAUGGUGGGAAUAAAAAUUCAAAAAGGGGCGCCAAAAUGCAUUUACCCGCUGCUUCGCUCGCGUCCUUCGAUAAAUAUCAAAGAUCAUUACAUUCCAGUAGAACUGAAUCAAUCUCUUCAGUCAGCUUCCUCUUUCAAAUUUGAUACUCAUCAGGGACCUCUAGAUCGCUGUAUAAAUAAUGCUACUUCUUUUGCGGCUAGAGGCUGGAAACACAACCAAGUAACAACAGCUCUUCUUCAAAUGAUUGCUAUUGACAACAUGCCUCUAUCAACUCCAGAAAGACCAGGAUUUAAAAUGUUUGUUAAAAAAAUUCAGCCGUAA